UGGCCUUCUUCCCCCCCCCCCCCACACAUUUUCACAUAUUCCCUCCUCCCACACCUUACAUGCACUUCCUCUAGCAAACAAACUAUCAAGAGAGAACACAAAGGAAAAAAGAAAGAAGCAAAAGGAAAAAAAAAAAAAUCAAAGAGAGAUAUUUUGGGAGAAUGGAACGAGAUUGAAGUUGGAUCGAUUCACGAGUUUUUUCACGUAAAUUUGAUGUUUAAUUUCUCAUAAUGACUAGCAUUAUGGACGCGGCGUGUGGCAAGUAUAGCAUGAUUAAUUUCGAAGAGACGGAGUUACGUCUAGGAUUACCGGGAGGAAACGGGAACGACGGUGAAUUGCUGAAAAACAACGGGAAAAGAGGGUUUUCGGAGACCGUUGAUUUGAAGCUUAACCUUUCAACAGCAAAGGAGGCAGUGGCAGAUGAAGCUGAGAAGGUUAAGGAGAAGACCACUGUUGCUCCUCGCUCUGCUGACCCUGCAAAGCCCCCUGCAAAGGCACAAGUCGUGGGAUGGCCACCAGUCAGGUCCUUCCGGAAGAACAUCAUGGCCGUCCAGAAGAACAGCUCCGACGUCGAGGGCGACAAGGCCGGCAGCAGCAACACCACCACCGCCACUGUGGCGGCGGCCUUCGUUAAGGUCAGCAUGGAUGGAGCACCAUAUCUGCGCAAGGUGGACUUGAAAUUGUACAAGAGUUACCCAGAACUCUCUGAUGCCCUGGGCAAAAUGUUCAGCUCCUUCACUAUUGGUAACUGUGGGUCACAAGGAAUGAAAGAUUUCAUGAACGAGAGCAAAUUGAUAGACCUCUUGAAUGGUUCUGAGUAUGUUCCUACUUAUGAAGACAAAGACGGAGACUGGAUGCUUGUUGGUGAUGUCCCAUGGGAAAUGUUCGUCGAUUCAUGCAAACGCUUGCGAAUCAUGAAGGGAUCUGAAGCAAUUGGACUCGCUCCAAGAGCAGUAGAGAAGUGCAAGAACAGAAGCUGAAGUAGUGUUACGGAACAACAAAUCUCAGAUGAAACCCACCUGGCAAACCGGCUCGAGAGGGUUCGAGCAGGGAGUUUGAAUGUGUCUGUAUCAAGGGUUUUCCUUCUUUUUCUUUACUCCUUUUUCCUUCAGCAUGAAGAAAAAACAAGAAAAAAAUCAUGAGGAACAUAUUCAGAAGAUUUAUUAGGGGACAAGAAAUCAAAAUAAUAGAAAAAAAAUCAAAAUAUGUUUAUAAGACUUUUUUGCUUUUUCUUCGGUGCAACUCUGCCUUAUUGUCAAUGGCUUGUCUAAAUAAUACCCUAAAUAUUAUUAAUGUUUUCUAGUUGUCAUGAGUGCUUUCUUUCUUUCUUUCUUUUUUUGGGGGUUUACUCCAUUUUGUAAUAUUUUGCAUGUACUAUUACUUCUUAUUUUUUUUAUGUAAUGUAUGAAGAGAUUCUGUGCAUUAUGUAUACCUUUUUAUUAUUUUUUAUAAAUUUUAUAAUGGUUUUUUUGUAA